UGAAGGUGCAUGUAUUAUUAUUUUUUUUAACACGGUGGCUCUGACGUAGCCCCUCCUCGCGCUCUGCACGGGACGGGACGGGACCGCGCGAGAGGCAGAGGGUGCAGAGCAUGCACCGCACUGCUGCACGCCUGUAACCGGUGACUGCUUGCAGCCUCAUGCCUGUCUCGUGCAGUGAUGCUACAGAGCACGAGAGCAUCAGCACGAGCAGCCCCGCAGGCAGACGGUGAGCGGAGCCCCGCUCGGCGCGGGCUCGGACCCGGACUCUGCAGUAUGACCGGACGGUAAAAGGGAACGGUACGGGACGCAUUUUUAUUUUUUUUGUGUUUUUUUUUUUCAUUUUUGCCUCCACGAGUUUCGUUGCAGCCCGGAGCGCGCUCAUUCUUCGCGCUGUUCGCCAUGGGCGCGCGCCUUGCCUUGUUGGCGGCGCUCGCGCUGCGUGCAUGCCAGGCGUCGCGCGACUGCGGCGAUGUGUCCUGCGGCGAGCACGAGCGCUGCUGCGCGCGCGGCAACGGCAGCACCAGCAACGGCAACGGGAGCAGCGGGGCGGCGGCGCGCGCCUUCCUGGACGGCGCCGGCUGGCUCGCGAGGAAGCUGUCGGGGGUCCUGAUCCUGCUGCUGCUCUUCGCCAUGGGCUACUUCGUGCAGCGCGUGGUGUGUCCGCGGCCGCGCGGGCGGCGCGAGAGGGUGCGCGCGUCCCGGGACACCCUGUUGACGACAUCGUCGCCGCCACCGCUCGAGCCCGGGACCGAGUUCAUGUGGCCCGCGCCGCUGCCGCCGCCGCCCCCUCCCCGCCUGCCCGCUUACGACGAGGUGAAGCACCUGCCCACGUACGAGGAGAGCGUGCAGGAGGCGGAGGAGGAAGAGGAGGAGGAGGAAGGGCUCGGCGGCCGCCGCUCACAGGAUAACCUGCUGGAGGCGGCGGGAGCGCAGCGGAGGCCCGCGGAGGACAGACGGACAGCCGCGCGACAAACCCGGGGGUCCCGCAACUCAGUGUGACAGACAGAGCUGAGAGGGGGGGACACCAACUAACAAACAUACUAAAUAUAUUAACAAAUAUACAGACAAGCAGAACUGGAAAAAAGGCCUGGGAGAAAAACUCAACACUGGAACAUUUACAGUAAAUCAUUUCCUUUCUUUUAAAAUGUAAAGUUUGCCAAUUCCAAUUAUUGAUUUAUUAUUAAUCACUUUCAAAUGUAUAGAACUGAUGUUGUGAAAAGCAGCUUUAUGAGCUAUAGCAGGACAUUUAAACACCAAACUUUACACAUAGAAACAACCUCCACUGAACAUGAGUGACAUCUAUUUAUUUAUUUUAUGAAUACACUCAAACAGUCACUGAAACAAGUUUACAUAUUUUACUUACUUAAAAAAGACUACCAGUACAAAACUACUGAAACACUACAUUUCCAAAUAUUUGCAUUCUUUCAACAUAUAAAGUAAAAAAAAUAGCCUGUAAAAUGUAAACUCUUCUUUGCAAUAAAGGAAUCAUCUGAAAAGACAUAAAUAAGUUCAAUUGCAAAACCAGUAAAAAUUAACACCUUUUUUGUCUGACAGAAUAAUCACUGCUUUAAAACAAGUUUUCCAAUUUACAGUUGUUGUUACUGUUACUUUUGCAAACGGAUAAUUUACCAUAUUUACCAUCAUUGUGACAACGAAUUAUUUUCAGUACAAAAUUCACCCUUUUUGAGUUCAUUGAAACAGCCAAGUUUACAGAUUUUACAGUUUUUAUUAUUUUCUGUGAAAACUAAAACAUCCCAUAGAAAAUAACUGUAAGAUAAAAGUUAAAAAGUCAUCUGUAAAAAACUGAUAAAUCAUACACAUUCCAUUUCCAAAUGUGUGUGUACAAUCUGAAGAAUUCCCUGUUUAAAAAUGGCUAUAUAUUUUUUUAAACACAAGGCAAAAGAUCACUAAAAGUUAAAAGACAUCUGAAACUUGUUACAAUAAAAAAAUAUUUACAUUAAUUCAAAUGGUAAAAGCUCGAAGUAAAACCAUUGCCAGUACAAAAUAACUCGUAUUUGUGUUUACUGAAGCAGUAACGUUUACAUGUUUUACAGGUCAAUAUAUAAAAUACUUUGGUCUGUAAAAUAAUUUACAUUCUUACAAAGUGAUUAAGAAAAACAACACUUUACCACUAGGUCUCAUAUUUGCAUUGUUUUAAACAGUGACAUUUAUGCUAUGUAUUUACUUAAUGGUCAAAUUUUCCAAUUUAACUGUAACAUUUAUUUUUUACUAAUUUUACAGCUAAAAUAUAUAUUUUCUCUCUUAGUAAAACGUCCUGGAACAAAAACUUGGAAAAAGUCAUCAGUACAAAGUGGAAAAGGACUUGUACAAAUUCACUUGCAAUGGAAAUCAUAACAUUUACAGAUAUUUGCAUCCUCAAAGUAUUGGAAUGUAUGACUGUUACCAACAAAAAUGUGAACUUUACAUUUUUACUGAAUUUUAUUUUGUAGUUUAAAGGUGUGUAUUUUAACUGUUAAAAAAGAGAAAAAACAUCAAGCACUAAAACUAUCAAAAGAAAAGAGUUUACAUACUGCAAAUGCAUUUGCAGUGAAAAUUAGCAGUGAUGUAAUUUACAAUCUUUCUUUAAGAUCUGUAAAAUUCAUUGAAAAGUCCAGCAGCAGCAUUGUGUGUCAACAAGCUAAAAUUAUGUUUUUAGUAGGUUUUAUUUUCUACAUGAACAUGAUAUAAUAUUUAUAACAGUAACAAUCUCCCAGGCAUGACAUAAUAUACAUGACCCUUGUUGA